CUUGACCUCACACUUGGUCAAUAGCCCAUAUAUAUCGCCUGCUGGUGAUUCCAUUAUUUUUUAAUUUCUCAUUAUUCUCUCAAAGCCGUAUUUCAAAAUAGAAACCAACACGAAUAGGCCAUUUCCGAAAUACCUUAAGCCUCUUCCUCAAAGCGAAUCUUGGUGCCCUCCUUUCAUAUGAAAAUGGGAUUUCAUUCACAUGCAAGUUUCACUGAUUUUCAUAUGAAUGGCCUCGCCUUGCUUAACAGAGAGGCUUAGGUCAUAGCACUCAUAUAACAACAAUCCCCUCAUCAGCCCUCCUAUAGCAACAAACCCCGAGUCAAUUGAAAACAUUGUUGGCCAGCACGAGUGUGAAAUGAUAUCAAGUCAUCCUCUCUCAAUUUACAGGAACGUACUUCGAUCAAAGCCAAAACUCAAGCAUUCAACAGCCCACUACUGCUAUCUCAACGAAUGUAAAGGUUGGCAUGACGUUAGCAUAUGCAGUCAUUUUCAUCGUUGCUUUGUCGGGCAACUCUUUUGGUUUGUUCGUGGCUUCAAAGAAAUCUCUGUUCAACAGUGUCACAAACCUAUUUAUCGCCAACAUGGCCGUUGCAGAUCUGCUAUUGACUGUCACAGCUAUGCCUUUUAGUGUGACUUUCUUCUACCUUAGGGACUCUUGGUUUGGAGGAACACUGGGUACUAUCACGUGCAAGGCCAUGCACUACGCCAUUCGCGUUUCCAUAGCAGCGACCGUCCUAACAAUGACGCUGAUCUCAUUCGACAGGUUUUGCGUUGUAUUCUAUCCCCUGAGGGGAAAGUUUUUCCGAAAACCGAGAAUCGUGUCAGCAAUAAUUUGGGCUUUGUCUUUCAUUUUAAUGACCCCAACUCUUCUUUUCUAUAAAGUUACAGUUAUUCCGCGCGAGAAUGCGUACGAACGCGUAUGUCGGGGAGACGCUUGGCUCAGCAGUCACUCACGUAAGAUCUUUCACAUCUGCCUCUUCUGUAUACUGUAUGCGUUCCCUUUGAUGGUAAUGGCAGUCCUUUACGUCUUAAUUUGCCGCAAGUUAUGGCCUCGUAGGAUCCCAGAAAACGUGUCAGGAAAAAGUCGAGCCGUUGUCGAAAUGUCUAAACGCAAAGUUGUGCGACUGUUGAUUGUCAUAAUCAUUGAAUUUGCGCUUUGCUGGUUCCCAUCAUAUGUCAAUCACUAUUUUUUGUUCAUUCAACCUGAACAUGGGCAUAAAUUACUAGCGGAAGUUCAGUACGUGUUUUUUUGGUUAGCGCAUGCAAACAGCGCCAUAAAUCCGUGUCUUUAUAUCCUGGUUUGCUUUACGCCGGCUCACAAAUUUGCCGCGGUUUCAAGGAGCACGAGCUGAUCACGUGCGAGUGGAAAGUUCAUGUUGUAGUUUCACCAAGGAGUUAGUGAGUUUUACUCGCCCCAGUUUUGACCCACAGUAAGUGACACGUUUUCCUCCAAUCGGAAAACGUAUUCGAGUUGGGAGGUAUAACAAUUCAUAUUAAUUCAAGCUGAGUAAUUUUGUUGCUAUAGCAACGUCCAAUUUAUUGUGUUUUUGAAGAACAAACUAAACAUUGUGUGAAACAACUUCUAACCUUCUAAAGUCAGUGAGGGAUACCUUCUUAAGUCUUCAGGUAAGAACUUUUUAAACAAGAAAGCCUGUUUAUUAUUAUGAAACUAAAUUAACUAGGGCAACCGUUAGAAAUCAAAAGCUAUUCUAAACGAAGAAAGAAGGUGUAGUAAUCAUCAAGCAUAUUGUUCCAUCUUGAUAUAUUGAGAUGAUAUCAAUUUAGUAUCCAAGCGUUCAAAAGCCACAUGUGCUUUCAACAGAAGAGUAAUGGAGAUCCGAAAGUGUUGCGCAGUACCAGGAUAAAAAGCAAGAGAAAUAGUUCAAGACUGCACAUGCACCAAGAGGCCAAAAAAUUGUGACCUCUCAAGCGAACACGAUGCUAACGGCUAGCCGUUCGUUCGCCGUUCAAACGAGAUGGGCCACCGUUCGAACGGCUCGAGCUACAUCAGACAUCGCGUAUCAGUUCAGAAAGUAUUGUCAUCCCUUCGAACGGCUCGAGCUAUCCGUUCAAAAAAAUAUUGUCAUCCGUUCGAAAGGCUCGAGCUAUCCCUUCCAAAACAAUCGUCAACCGGCUUUUCGAACGGCUCGUUGCAAUUCGUUCAAAAACACAAGACGUUAUUCGUGCGAAAAAAAAAAAAAACAUUAGCUGUUCGAGCUAGUGCAAUCCGUUCCAAAAAAUUAUCCUGCCUUCUGCUUAGCUACUAAGCUGAAGUGUGUGACUAAUGUUUUCGAGUGCAGCAAACUUUAAGUUAAUCCGUUCGUUGGCUUUGUGUCAGAAUUGAUCACCAGACAUAAAAUAAAAAGUUUUCUUCGUGACAAAAAAAUAUCUCAAUAAUCUUGCUUCAGAGAAACAAAUCGACCAAACAAAUUAGGGAGAAAUUAUUUUUAGCGGAAGUCGAUAGUCAAACUGCUUCCUUUCUCAAAUAUAAAGUACAAUUUGGAAAGUCCUGCUACAAAGUCGAACUUUUCUCCAGGUACACUUCCUCUAUCAAUGAAGAGCAGGAAAACUACCUAAAAAGUAGUAGAGCUAAGGUUGUUGAAAACAAGGAUUGAAACGUCAGCCCACCAAGUUAAUUUUCUUAAAAUUAAAAACAAGAAAAUACGGAAAUGUCAGCAAUGUUCACUUCUUUUGACGAUAGGUUAAAAAUCGUUAAAAAUAGCCUUUCUUAAUAGUCAAAAAGCAAGCAACACGCCAGAGUUAAGUAUUUAUAACAUUCAGACCGGGCUUUUCUGUUCUUUCUCUGAAACCGAAAAAGUGCAGUUAUCUAUGAAAGCGGAUGUUACUGCAAGAAAGCCAUUUUUUCAUUAAAAACCAGACAGUGUGGAACUGACAGUUCUUUCAUUAAAAACAGGAAAAUUCAAAUUUUGCAAACACACCGGUCGACAUGUGGUUGCAUGGUAACAUCAUGUUCCUCGACCAAUCAAAUUAAAGGCAUCGAAAGUUUUAUGCCAACCCUCCCGGACUCAAUAGAGUUACUUAACAGGGAAUCAAGAAAGCCAUGGCCCAUGACACUGACGUGAGUCAUAACUGUCACAGUUUGCGACAAAAUUCACACCCACAGCUCUUGACUGACGUAGUCCACUACAUUAACUACACACUCGCCUUAGAAAUUGAGAAGGAUAUCUUCUUAUCUUCUUCAGUCUUAAGGUAAGAGCUUUUCAAACAAGAAAGCUUCUUUAUUAUCAAACUUAAACUAAGGGAAAUGUUACGAAUCAAAAGCUAUUCUGAACGAAGAAAGAUGAUGUAGCUCAGUGUCCAAGCAUAUUGGUUUCAUAUACCGGAGAUGAUAUCCGUUUAGUCUUCAAGCGCUCAAGUGCCAAGUGAUUUUUGAACAGAGAUCCGGUAUUAAGAGCCAAUUUCUCUAAUUGGCGAAAAAGAGGCGGCAGCUGGGACAUUUCCAAAUACGGUGAGUUUCUUUUAGAAAAUACCAUAUUCAAAGGUUCUGAAGCGCUUUAAAUUUUGCGAAAUCGAGGUAAGUUCGAAAAUCCCAGUUUUAGCUCCCAGCCACAGCCGAAAAUGGCGCAAAAUCAUGCAUUUUCCUUUUGAUUGUACAGAUCAAGGCGGUGAUAUCUAUAAAUGUGCUUUGGGUAAAUCAUAGUGCAUGUCUCGCUGUUUCUAAAGCAUUAAUUUGGUUUAAAAAAGCUGCAAUUUUUUUAAUAAUAUUUAAGGCCGAUCCAAAUGCCGUAAUCGAAGCUUUUCAGCGAAAGGGCUAAUUUGAAAACCAUCAACAGCCCACUGGUACAUUAAACUUGAAGUCGAAACUAACAUUUUCUUACAGCAAUCCUCUAUAUUCUGUCGUGUGAAAAUAUCUUCCGCAGCUUCGAGAGACAUAAUCGUAAACUGGUGGUACAUUCGUUCGGUGUGAAACGAACACGGAAAUUGCCCAGUGUCUUGCAUCAAGAACGAAAACUGACUGCGAAUGAAAACCUUUUUCUUUAUUGUGAAUGCUUCAAAAUUGUUUUUUGUUAUAUUCCAUUGAGACUGACAGCACCAAUACAAAACCAUCCAUAAGUUGAGAGACCGAAAACGUAGUGCAUACGUUAGUAGGUUCAUUCCGAAGUUUGCACCAGUUGUAUGUGUAUUACAUAUGAAACAGGAAAAUGUGGAAGUGUCAGUUAUUUCAUUUAAGACAGGAUCACCCGU